UUAUUGGAUAUCGGAUAUCGGACAUCGGACGCGGUGUGAAUCCUGCAUUAGAUAGACUUUUAUUUUUUGAAGUAGUACAACACAACAACGAAUCAAACGGUUUUUUAAUUUCAAAUAUUAUUCAACGAUAGAUGUGUAAAACAGCACGUAAGAGCAAUGGGACGAACAAUUUACGCUGAAGAGCAUCUUCGCACGUAUUUAGCAUCUUUAGCGAAACCAGAUGGAUAUGUGAUAGGAUUGAUCUUGGGACAGAGUAGUGGACAGAAAGAUUACAUAGUACACUUAGCAAAAACACCACCUCCCCUUGAUAAAAAUAUUGUCGAAGAAACUUUAAUCAGUUAUGCGACAACUGCAGAACAGGAUGCAACUGAGACAUAUAUUAAAUAUGUUAAAGAUAUUCCCAUGAGCUGGGUGGCUGAUCAUGCUAAACAUGUUACAAGAAUGUUGCCUGGUGGAAUGUGGGUACUUGGUGUUUUUAUUACAGGACCUGAGGAUACUUUAGACAUUACCAGCAAUAUACAGAAGCUUAAAUCAGUUCUUAGUGCAAUCCACAAGGCCCUUUCAUGCAAUAACAAGCAUCUUUAUGGAAAUAAUCAGGAUGAAAAGCUUAUAUUAGCUUUCAACAGUGUCACACAAAAAUAUACUUGCAAAUCUAUAGAUGUUACCAAAGAUGGCAUAUUAAAACCAGCUGACUGGAAAUUUCAAGAGAAAGCAACCAAGUGGCAUCAGCUAGAAGCUCUUGUAGAUUUUGACAGAUUGUAUUUUACAGAUGCAGAUAAAAAUCCUGAGACUCUCAAGAGGCAAUUACAGGCUAUCUUGACGAGUGUGGCAGAUUUGAUCGAUUCUUCACUCGUCGUUAUUGAGGAAGAAGUUAGGCCACUGGAAACCUCAUUAGAAAUAAUUUGCAAAAAGAAAAGAGACAAUAAGGAAUGUAAAAGUAAAAAGAAUGAUAGCAGUAACUUCUUUCAAGUUAGCUUGUACAUUCCAUGUUUGCAAGAUGAUGCUAAUGCAAACAUAAGAGUGACAUCAUGCAGCGCAUCGAUACGACUAAUUGGGCAAUUAGUCAGUAGGACAUUUGUACAUCAAAAAGCUAGUAUCGCGGAAGCCAAUAUGGCAGUAAGGCAAGAUAUAGUAAGAUCUCUGGCAAGCAGAUUGGAAAUGCACUGGGACAGUUUAAUAGAGGAAGAGAGUGGUUCUCCCGAAGAGAACAUCACAUUACACGAACCACCGAGAAGAGUGUUAAUAGCGUUACCGGAAAAUAAAAUCACGUUGUCAGAUUAUCUAUUUCCUGGCGAAGGGCCGCAGGAAGCCUUAUUGUCGUUACAAGAACUGCUGGAUCUAGAAGUGCAAGAGAACCAGGUGCAAAAGGAAGUUGAGUUGCAAGCUGAUCCUACAGAAUUCUACUGCCAGAGUGAUGCCAAUAACAAAUCAUUGGACCAUGGUACUGAUAAGACCAAAUUUCAUCAAAUACUGGUUCCUUAUAUUGGUCUAUGUGUUGCAUUCUUCAUUGUGACAGCAGCUAUUAUUAUACAUGAGCUUAUGUAAUAUAUAUUGUAUUUUUUAUAAAAACGCACAUAUAAGAUGUAGAUUCACGAUAAAAUAUUUUUAAUUUGUAUCUGUAAAAUUUGAGAUGUAAAAAUAUUAUUAUAAUAUUUAAUACACUUCGAUAAUUAAUAAUAAUAUA